AUGACAGGUAGCGACUACUCGUGGGUUGCUUCCGCACUCAACAUUGGCUGGCUGCUCGCUGCAUAUCCGUGGAACCUGGCACUGCAGAGGUAUCCCAUUGGAAGGCUCAUCGGCUGCAUGCUCUUUGUUUGGGGCAGUGUAUGCAUGCUGCAAGCGGCUGUGUUCGACUUUGGUGGCUUCUUCACUGUGCGAUUCUUCCUGGGUGGCCUGGAGGCAUGUAUCAGCCCGGCCUUCAUUUUGCUCACCGCUAUGUUCGGGGAGAAAGAGGAACAGUCCAUGAGGUCUAGCUUUCGGUUGGCUUGUAACGGCUUCUCGUCGAUCAUCGGUGCGCUGUUGGCUUACGGAUCUGGCAACGUGAUGGGUCUGAUCGUACCGAAUUGGAAGCUCAUCUACCUGAUUAUCAUUAUCUUCCUACCUGAUGGACCACAUAAUGCUCGCAUGCUCAACGACUAUGAGAAAGUUGUCGCUGUCUGGCGCAUCUCACGUUAUCGCAUCGGUCUGAAAGCAAACGAGUUCAAACGAUACCAAGUCGUCGAAGCCUUCCUGGAUCCGAAGGUCUGGGUGGUCUGGCUCAUGGGCGCAGCAGUCGGCAUAUUGAAUGGCGGCGUUGCAAACUUCACCUCAGCUCUGAUCAAGGGCUUUGGCUGCGAUGCACUGCGUGCAAGUCUGAUGCAAACGCCUGGAGGCGCCUUUGAGAUCGUUGGUUGUAUCUUGCUCGGGUAUCUCUCCAGCUUCGAAGGCUGGCUCAUGCCAAGUAUCUUGCUGAGCUGUCUUCCAGGCAUGGCUGGACUCAUUGGCUUUCUCACCAUCAGCAUCGAACACAGACUGGCACUGACUGCCAUGGCAUGGAUCCAAAACAUCCUCGGCGCACCCUUGAUCUUGUGUUGGUCACUACCUGGAGUCCAUAUAGCAGGCCAUACCAAGAGAGCAACCGUGAUGGGCGUAUUCUUCGUCACGUACUGUGCGGGCAACAUUGGUGGACCCCGUCUGUUCCUCGACUCUGAAGUGCCACGCUAUCCGACUGCGAUCAAAGGUCUGCUUGGUGCAUAUGCGGCCUUGAUUGUGUUCACUAUAUUGUACUGGGCGCUCUGUUGGACCACGAACAGACAACGAGAUCGACAUAGAGAGCGAGGAGCAGACUUCCUGGCUGAGGGCAUGGAAGGGUUCGAAGAUUUGACCGAUCGAGAGAACCAUCACUUCAGGUACAAAUUGUAA